AUAGAGUACACCGCCAAGAAGUUGGUCACCAAGGGGUUCAUAAAACGUUUGAAAAGAUAGCACGCACCUAUGAUAACGUUACUAGAGACGCUGUUGGUGCUUAUAUAAAGCUUUGCACAACUUGCUGUCUGAAAUCCAAUCAAAUAAAGAAAGCUCCAUUGAAGCCGAUUAUCACUACAGGAUUCUUACAGCGUGUACAGGUAUUUUUAAUACUUUUUCACUUUGUUUGUGCUAGUUAGUAGUUUUUUUGUUACAUUAUACAUGUCUUUCUUUAGAUCAAUCUGAUUGCUAUGUUAUCCAAACCAGAUGCCGAUUACAACUACAUUGGCCAUGUCGUGGACCAUUUUAGCAAAUUCAGGAUAUUAUUUCCAAUGAAAGGGAAAUCAGCAAAUGAAUUUGCUUCAAACUUUUACGGUGCCGAAUUUAUCAAUCACGUAAUGGAUGCUGUAGCCGUGAUAUGGCCGGGUGAGGUGUCAUUUGUUCAUGGCAAACCGCGCCACUCGCAAUCUCAAGGUUUGGUUGAACAAGGAAAUAACACCAUCCAAGUGAUGAUUAGUGCAAGAGAAAAAGAGUCCCAAACUUCAACGUGGUCAGAGUGGCUUCCAGAGAUUCAAUUUAUCAUGAAUGCUUCAAUGGUGAGGAGUGUGGAAAAAACACCUUACGAAAUUGUUUUUGGCCAGAAGCCCAAAUGGUUUGGGUCAAAUUUCUUCAAGUGUACGGUCAGUGGAAGAGGAUAUUGUUCAAGAUAUCAUAGAAGAAAUGGAAGAAAAUGGUGCACAAGAUUUUGAAAAUGCUGAAACUGUGGAUUUUUUAAAGCACCCAAGUACAAGAAAAUUAUCGGAUUGUUCGGAAGAUGAGUUUGAAACAACAUGUCCGAAAAGACAAAAACUCAGACAAAAUGUUGUGGAGGAGGGUGUAAGAAACGCAGAAAUGAUGCGUAGAAAGUACAGCAAUGGAAAAAGAAUUAAAGUUGCUGAUUUCCUGGAAGGGGAUAAUGUUUCUUUGACAAUUCCAAAAGGUCUUAGAACAUCUUCGGAUCUAAAAAGAUUGCCAUGUGUGAUUGUACACAAAUCAGGUGGUAACCAACCAACAUAUAAACUCCUCUGUAGUGAAGGCACAAUUCAACGGCGUUACACGGCAUCCGCGUUGCAGCUGUACCCUCAACCAGUAAGAUGUAAGUAUCCUUCGGUUGAUGAAAUAUCUUUGUCAGAAGCUGUUCGGAAAAUCAACAAAUUUCCAACAGUAUUUUGCAGAUGUCGAAAAGGACAAUGUAAGAACAAGCAGUGCAAAUGUUUUUUGGCAUCACUGGAUUGCACUUCACGUUGUCAUCAAGGUGACUAUUCAACAUGUGUGAAUCGCGGCAUGCACAACGACAACAUAUCUGAGGAAAACCAGAUACUACACUCAGACGGAAGCGAGUUACGUCAACUUCUACCUAACUUUGGUGGGUCAAUUAAAUACGAGAACGAAACGAUCACAUUCCAUAACACUUGCGCUUUAGAUACAUGGAUGACAGUGUUAAAAGCAGUUAUAGUAACGAGACCAAGUAUAACAGAUGAAGUUACCGACAAAAACAUACAACAGCUUUUUACGUUUGUGAAAAACGGUGCUUAUGAAGCUGCUAAACUUCAUACUGCUAUUUAUCGAAGAAUAACACCAACCAACCAAUGCUUGUCAUUUUUUGGCGCAGAAUACGAAUGUAUAAUAAAAAACUUCGUUGCGCCAUUCAUGGAACAUAUUGUGGAGUCAGCUUGCAACAGUCCGCAUUGUAGCAUGAAACAAUCGAGAGCCUGCUUCAACACAUUUCCUUCGGCAACGGUGAAAAGUUCAUUUGUCCAUGAUGUCCAAAAGUGGUUUCUUGAAGCAACAACGUCAGUUUGUGGAAAGAAAGUAAAUCAGAACAUAUCUGACGAGUUUUCUUUCGUCGACGAAAACACAACAACAGGGAUAAAGAACAGAUAUUGUAAUGGAAACAGAAUAUACAAGGCCCGAUUUUUUAAAAAGCUUCCUCAACUAUUAGUUGUUGAUGUUGCAGGCCAUAUUGACCCAAUAGACAUGGCUACCAUUCCCGAACAAUUACACAUUCGGUUUUCCACAAAUCAAGGAAAUAGAUAUGAGUUGGUUGCAAUCACACUAUGGAAGGGAUCGCAUUACACCGCAAAAAUCAGGAAAAACUUCACUCAAAGAAUGUUUUCCGGGUUAACCCCAACAUAUUGCUUGUUCCUUGCGACACAACAACUCGCAGAUAUGAAAGCACCAACAGCACCAACGGACGAGCUUGAAAGUAGCCAAAACGAUAACAUACAGUUACCCGAAACUGCUACUGUAAUGGCCGACGAAUCAGAGGACGGUGCUGAACCAGUUUAA